AUGUACAGAUCUACAGAUACCUCUGCUCCUGGCCUGAAAGUUCCAGACAGCAGAGAGUCUGCAGUCAUCCAAGUUCAAGAUGCAGACGAGCUGCGUUUGGCCCAAAUGGGUCACAAACAGGAACUGAAGCGCCAUUUUUCUGUUUGGAGCUUAAUUGGACUGGCUGCUAACUGUACCAUAUCCUGGACUGGGCUUGGACUUGGUUUGAUCACCUCCAUCAACGCUGGUGGGCCCGGUGCUCUUAUCUACGGAUUUAUCCUCGUUUUUAUCCUCCAGUGCUUCCUGGGCACGUCGUUGGCGGAAUUCGUCUCGGCUUAUCCAGUCGAAGGUGGAAUGUACCACUGGAUCGCAGCUAUUGCCCCAAAGCGCUAUAACAGUCUCUUGAGCUUCCUGACAGGCUGUUCUACAGUCUUUGGCUGGAUUUUCACGGCAGCAUCAACAAACUUGGUCUAUGCCUCAAACUUCAUGGCCCUAAUUGCGUUGUAUCACGAUGACAUUAAGCUCAAACCCUGGAUGACUUUUGUUGCAUAUCAGGUCUUGAAUGUCUUGUCAUCUGCAGUGGUUAUGUUUGGAAAUCGUUACAUUCCGAGAAUCAAUAAGUUUGCCUUGGUAUACCUCCAGCUAGCAUGGUUUGUCAUCACGGUCACAGUGGCCGCGACAGCGCCCACCCACAAUGAUAGCAAGUUUGUUUUUCGAACCUGGAUGAACAAUACAGGUUGGGAAAGCAAUGUUAUCUGUUUCAUCACGGGCUUGGUGAAUCCGCUGUUCUCUCUCGGGGGAUUGGAUGGCAUUACACAUAUCACAGAGGAGAUGCCAAAUCCUGGGCGCAAUGCACCUUUGGCCCUAGCAUGCACCCUUAUUAUUGCUUUCAUUACUGGACUUUCUUACCUUCUCAGCCUCAUGUUCUCGGUGCAAGACUGGUCGAGUCUGGCAGACAGUCCAACAGGUCUACCACUGGCAGCGAUCUUUGGUCAAGCAACACAGAGCCGUGGAGGCGCUUUCGCACUGACAUUCCUUCUAUGGAUUGCCAUUGGGCCUUGCAUGAUUGGCUCACAGCUCAGCACUGGAAGAAUGCUCUGGGCUUUUGCUCGCGACGAUGGCCUUCCUUUCUCCAAGGUCUGGGCCCGAGUCAACCCUCGAUUCGGGGUCCCCUUGAAUGCACAAAUGUGUGUGGCAGUGAUCGUAAGCCUUCUGGGUUGUAUCUAUCUGGGAUCUACCACUGCCUUCAACUCCAUGCUUAGCUCUGCAACGACUAUUAACAAUCUCGCAUAUCUCGUGCCCAUCUUCACUAAUGUCGUGCUGAAUCGCAGCACGAUGCAUCGCGGCCCUUUUCGCCUCCCGCAUAUUGCAGGCAUGACCGUCAACAUUGUUACCGUUAUUUGGCUGGUCUUUGCCAUUGUCUUCUUCAGUUUUCCGUUUUAUAUGCCCGUGACCGCCUCAAACAUGAACUACACGUGCGUCUGUGUUGGCGGAUUCAUCAUUAUCGAGCUCCUGUGGUGGCUGAUCGCUGGCAAACGGUACUCGAAGACUAUGCAGAAGGCAAGGGAGGAGGGGAGUAACGUGAUGGUUAGGGUGGAUAGCAAGAACUUGUGA